AUGCUGACCCGCCUGUUCAGCGAGCCCGGCCUCCUCUCGGAUGUGCCCAAGUUCGCCAGCUGGGGCGACGGCGACGACGACGAGCCGAGGAGCGACAAGGGCGACGCGCCGCCGCCGCCGCCGCCGCCGCCUGCGCCCGGGCCGGGGGCUCCGGGGCCCGCUCGGGCCGCCAAGCCGGUUGCCCUCCGUGGAGAAGAGGUACCGGAGGCCACGUUGGCCGAGGUCAAGGAGGAAGGCGAACUGGGGGGCGAAGAGGAGGAGGAAGAGGAGGAGGAAGAAGGGCUGGACGAGGCGGAAGGCGAGCGGCCCAAGAAACGCGGGCCCAAGAAACGCAAGAUGACCAAGGCGCGCCUGGAGCGCUCCAAGCUGCGGCGGCAGAAGGCGAACGCGCGCGAGCGCAACCGCAUGCACGACCUGAACGCCGCGCUGGACAACCUGCGCAAGGUGGUGCCCUGCUACUCCAAGACGCAGAAGCUGUCCAAGAUCGAGACCCUGCGGCUCGCCAAGAACUACAUUUGGGCGCUCUCGGAGAUCCUGCGCUCCGGAAAGCGGCCCGACCUGGUGUCCUACGUGCAGACUCUGUGCAAGGGUCUGUCCCAGCCCACCACCAACCUGGUGGCCGGCUGCCUGCAGCUCAACUCGCACUUCCUCACCGAGCAGGGCGCCGACGGCGCGGGCCGCUUCCACGGCUCGGGCGGCCCGUUCGCCAUGCACCCCUACCCGUACCCGUGCUCGCGCCUGGCCGGCGCGCAGUGCCAGGCGGCCGGCGGCCUGGGCGGCGGCGCGGCGCACGCCCUGCGGACCCACGGCUACUGCGCCGCUUACGAGACGCUGUACGCGGCGGCGGGCGGAGGCGGCGCCAGCCCGGACUACAACAGCUCCGAGUACGAGGGCCCGCUCAGCCCCCCGCUCUGCCUCAACGGCAACUUCUCCCUCAAGCAGGACUCAUCGCCCGACCACGAGAAGAGCUACCACUACUCUAUGCACUACUCGGCGCUGCCCGGGUCCCGGCCCGCCGGCCACGGGCUGGUCUUCGGCUCGUCGGCGGUGCGAGGGGGCGUCCACUCGGAGAAUCUCUUGUCUUACGAUAUGCACCUUCACCACGACCGAGGCCCUAUGUACGAGGAGCUCAAUGCGUUUUUCCAUAACUGA